UUAUAAAGGUAUUUAAAAAGAUAAAUAGCUCAAAAUUAAAACGUUCUUAAAGAGAAAACGAAUAAAUAAAAAGAUAAACAAAUAUAUUAAUAGGUUAAGAUUCUUAACAUGAAUGGUGAUUAUUAAGAAAUGUUUUGGGGGGGCUUCCCCUUUUUUAUUUUAUUCCAUUUUUUUAAUAUUUUUAUCCACUUUUUUACAGUUGGGUGUUGAUGUAGCUAAGUAAAUAUUUUAUAAUAAAACCAGACGGAAGUAUAUUUGUCCAUUUAAUAAAUAAUUCUGUGCAGACUACAGACUCAGUUGUUGACUAUUCACUUAAUAAUGUAAUUAGAUUGAUAAAUGUUGAGAUUUUAUUUUGAAAGAAUACGUUUAUUCUGGUCCGACUGUGUUCAAGUAAUGCUACUUCAAGACACCAAGCAGAACCUUGCGCGGUUGGUACCGCCCUCAAAGUUAUUCUAGUACUCUCAUUGGUUCUCCACUUCCAUAUCGUUAACAAAGCGAGUCGCUGAUUGGUUCUCAACAGACGUCAGUCAUCGCCCAGCUGUGGGCUGUGGUGCAUAGCAGGCUAAAGUUCACUAAAGUUCAACAGUUUUCAAGGAAACCAGUUCUCACGCAAGGAUUGCCUUAUCUCACGCACCUCACGUAAUGCGUGUUGAGUUACCCGCUGGUGCUGCCAGAGGGCCUGCUUUAAUGUGGAUUUCCUCUGGACAUUAGCAGCUUCUAAACUGUUAACAGCAGAGCUUCCUGUCCAACAGACCAGCUUUGAUUUAACUACUGGAAGUUUCCGGCGGGAAACACGCGCCCCAGAAACUCAAAGCUGGUCUAUAUUAAAAAGAUUCUCUACUUUGUGGCAGAAGAGAAAAUCAACCAGACUUAACUAAAAUACCGACAACAGCCACAUGGGUCAGGAUGAGCGGCGUCGGGCCCAAGUCGUUGUUCUUCCUCGGACUUCCGGAUCUGAGCCAGCUGGUCUGCGUCACACUGAGUCCGCAGGAGGAAGAGCAGCAGGAGCCCAGGACCAAUCAGAUCCAGACCUGCAGGGAGCUGCUGCUGCUGUACUCGGACAUCCUGGCCUGUCCUGCUCUGGACUCCAUCACUGACGUCACUGCAGUCAUGUCUGUCCACUUCCUGCAGCGCGGCGUCCUUCAGGCUUUUGCCAUCAGAAACCGUCUGCAGCUGGACGGUCCUCACACGGUGUUUCCAGGUGACCUGCAGUGCUGCCUCUCUUACUCUCUGAUCAGCCGUUUGGCUCCCAGCUGGAACAAAGCAGGACUUUACCUGAUCUCAGGGGCAGACUUCCUGACCCGAAGAGGGACGCUCAGCGCCGUCAGUCUGGAGAUGAACACCAGCGGCGGUCGGCUGAGCCUCAGCAUCGAAGCCAGCGCCGUGAGAACGCCGCCGCCCACGCUGGAUGAGCUCGGGCUGCCGGCGCCGGUCCUCCAGAGGUUCUGCAGCGACCCGGACUUCAUCCUGGACCCGUCCUCCACUGGGGGGGCCGUCUGGUGCCACGUCCUGCCCAGCAUGAAGAAGGGUCAGAUCAUCAGCAUCAGCCGCCAGCUGCCCAGAGACGGACCCUUCAGGACCUACGGAGACCUUCAGAACCACUGGAACCGCCUGUACGGCUACCAGCUGCCGGACCUUCAGGGGGGCGGAGUCUACUGCAGCGUCUACUUCAGACCGGUGGGAGAGAAAGUCUUCACUUACCCUCUCAGCUGCAUCCGCCUGCAGCCCGUGCAGCGCUGCCCCCGGGGCGACCUGCAGGGGGCGCUGGCCCGCUUCCUGGCCGACAGCAGAGAGCGGCUGCAGAGCGUGUGCGGCUUCCCGACCCGUCUGACCAGUAAACCCAGUUACCCCACGGCCGGCCUGACCACCGCUGCCUCCAUGCAGGUUCUGAGUUCGGACCAGAUCAACCUGACCACCAGGCCGGUUCUGUCCCAGCCUGCUCCGUCCUCCCGGGCGGCCCCGCCCGCCUGGGUCCCCCUCUCCCAGCAGGGCGGCGCUCUUCCAGGAAGCAGAUCUGGGAACUCUCUGUGGCACCGUCCAGAGGACCGGUCCACGUCGGCCCACCCGUCCUCCAGUCAGAACCAGCACCAGUCGGACCACUCCCGAUUCGUUUCCUCUUUCUUCCAACACUUCCAGCCGGCUUCAUCCCUCCCUCCUCUUCCUCAGCCCAGUCCGGUCCCAGUGAACCCGCCUCCCAAACUGGUUCCCAUCUUCAGGAACAACGACCCGACCCGCCGGCUCAGCGUGGCUCUGCUGCGAGUCCAGAAGCAGCAGAGCGGAGCGACGGAGGACAAACACAGACUCACCCUGCCGCUGCCUGUUGGGUCACAAGCCACGCCUUCCUCUUCCUCCUCCUCUUCCUCCUCCGCGCCCCUCCCUCCUCCUCCUCUCAUCGUCCCUCGAUUCGCCCGCCGCCCUAAAGGCCGGAGCGCCGCCGUUCCCCAGCCGUCGGGUCAGUCCAGGGUCACCCGGAUCUCCAGCCUCAGCCCGGUGUUCAAGGCGAAAGCAGCCAUCAUCAUCCCACCCAGAACCAAACCCAGCAGAACCUCUGGGACCGUCCGACCCGAACGGGCCGCCGACCGCUGGAAGGCAGCGGGACCCGAAAGCAUCGUCCCCAGAAGCAUCAUGAAAACCAGCAGAGAGGCCGGCCCUGAAGGCAGCACCGAAUCAGAACCGAGACCGCCGCAGAGGGAGACCGCCGCCAGCAGGAAGGUCGGUCCGACGGUCGGCUUCGAUCUGAAAGAGAAACCCAACAAGUCCAAAGUUUCAGUGGACGACGUGGAGAAAAUGGCCAGAAGCAACCAGUGGUCCGGGCUGAGCGGCCGCUCUCUGCUGCUGUGGCUCCGGAACAGAGGAAUCCCUGUGAGCUCCAAGCUGAGGAAGGAGCAGCUGAUGAUGAAGGUGAUGAGCUGCCUGGCCGAAGCCUGAGCCGUCCGAUUGGACGGCGCCGCUUCACCACAGCCAAUCACAAAACGGAGACAGGAAAAAGGAAAUCUGGAGUUGGUGUGAAUAAUUACUGAGAGGAUUACAAACUUCAGGAGCUGGACAACAUCUGGGAGUGAAUAAAACCUGGAGGAGGAUGUUAGGAUCUGGCAACCAGGUGAAGAAACUGGCUGGGUUCCCACUGCUGGGAGGUGAUUAAUGGACACGAGAACCAGGUGGGACAGAACCGAGAGCCAACAAUCACAAACCAAGGAAUGUAGUGAGUACGGCGUCCUGGGAGGGACAAAACCCUGAAAACCAAAACUCAAAACGGUCUGAGAGAAAAACAGGAAAACUUCCUGAUGAAUCCAAAAAGCUCCAGCUGGAGAAUCGAGUUCCUGAGGAGGAGAGCGGCGGCAUGGAGGACGACCCGAAUGUAAAGUUCUGACCCUCUGUGGGUUCAUGGAGGAUCCAAACUGAGUGGAUGGAAACGAUAAACAAAGCAGCUUAUUACAAACAGAAUCAUCAUAAUCAUCUGGAUUCUCUGCCCACGACUGAUUCUACUCAAGUUUUCUUCAGACAUGCACAGAACCGUCGGUUCCGACCCAGAAAGCAAACGCUGACGGAGGGAACCGGGUCGGACCGACCUCCAUGCUGGCAGCAGGAAGCCGGUCCGGUCCGGUCCAGACCCGCAUCCAGAACAACGACGCUUCUGUUUGAAGAAACGAGCCGAGAGAUUUACAGCGAGAGACGAUCCAAAGAACCGGAUCAGAACAUGAAGAACUGGACCAACCGGAGAAAUGAAUGUUUGAACGCAGAAACAUUUCUUUACACACUGAAGAAAACGCUGCUAGUUAUUUUAUCCAUGCAGAAAUAUUCAUAAUAAAACGUUUUCAUCAAAUGAAAAACACAUUUAAUACAGAUUGUUUCUGAAUUAAAUAAAGUUAAUUUGAUUCCUGCUGGAU